GUGUGUAACCGUUAUCAGUUAGUAUCUGUCCAUGAAUUAGUAAAGAGAGGAAAUAUGAAGAAUACAGUUUACUAUCUCAUUCUUCUGUAUUUAGCACCUCUUAUUCGCGCCCAGAGAUGUGAUACGGGAUGGACAGAGGCCAACGGUGUCUGCCUUAAAAACUUUCAGGAGAAAGUGACCUGGUUUAAAGCUAAGUACCGAUGUAUUGCUGAGAAUGGGAAACUAACUGAAUCUCUGAGAAGUGCAAGCAAUUUCCCACGUAAUAUCGACGCAAAUGUUUGGGUUGGGGCGAAUGAUCUAGCUAAAUAUGGAGAAUGGGUGUUUGCUUCAACAGGAGUCAAAAUUCAAAAUAACGUCUUUCCAGGAUAUGCUCAGAAAGAUGAUGAGCAUUGUCUCCUCUUCAAUAAUUAUAAUGAAUUGGACUCUCAGCCUUGUGAUUUCCUGGCGGGAUUUAUUUGUGAAAAGGAAUUGACAAAUACAAGCCAGCCCAGUAAUGUAAUCAGAUUUCAGCCCGGAGGAUUUAUAGAUUUUAAUCACAAAUUGUUCAACUUUGAUAAUGCUCACAGAGUAGAGACUACUUUUGGUAUUGUUACAAAGCAGGAGGACGGGGUAAUUCUAUCCCAGGCGGGAGAAAAUUUUAGAUCUUACAGUCUGGCAGUGAAGGGUGGGAAAUUAACGUUCUAUACAGAACGAGGACGCACAUUAUCUCUUCCAAACAUGAUUAAUGAUGGUUUAAUUCACGAUAUAAAAUUCAGUAUUGAGGGUGUAAAUGUAUUUAUCGAAGUAGAUGAUACUUCUCCGUAUGAUUUUGUUGAGACAGAAGAUUUUAAAGACUACAGAAACUCCAUAAUUAAACUUGGACAAAAAUCUGGUGGAUUUGAAGGGUGUCUGAUUGACUUCAAAGUAGAAAAUAUCUGUCAUUAUGGCCCUUCUACAAUAAACUGCACUUCAUAUGGAGCGGAUGCGGUGAACAAUGUUGAUCAUAUGAUAAAAGAACAGCAAAAUGUGGAAUUUCUUCAGGAUUGUGGAAUGACCAGUGAUAAACCUGAUUUCAAUAAAACAACAACAUCGGGCCCUUCAUCAACAGGAAAACCAGACUACUAUACAACAACAAAAACAAGGAAACCAGACUACAUCACAACGACAACAUCAACAACAUCAAGAAAACCAGACUACUUUACAAAAACAACAACAACAACAACAACAUCAAGGAAAACAGACUACUUUACAACAACAACAUCAACAGCAACUAUUACAACAACAAGAAGUAGACCAAAUAUAAACAGUACAACAACGCAAACUACAACUACUACAACAACUGAAACUACAACAACCAAAAGUAGACCAAAUAUAAACACUACAACAACCCAAACUACAACUACUACAACAACAGUGACAACUACAAGAAGUAGACCAAACUUUAACACAACUACAACAGCAACAUCAACCACAACGAGAAGCAGACCAAAUAUUAAUACUUCAACAACAGUUGCAACAACAAUUACCAACCGUCCAACUAUCUACACAACAGUCCCAACAACAACAGUGUCCUUCUAUACUGAGAGGAAAUGUGAGACUAAAACACAAGUUCUUCAGUUUUCAGAUAAGACAGGGUCCCUGAAGUUGAAAUCCAAAGUGAUAACAAUAAGUCCGAACGACUCAUUUACAAUAAAAAUGAAACUAGUGCAUCUACAGGAUGGAUCAGUUUUAUCCAAGUGGGAGAAAUCCUAUGGUAGGUUUAUAUUCCACGUUUACCUGAUCCGGGGUGUGCUGAUUGUUGAACUGCAGGGACAGGCUCUCUUCACUGACGCAUUUCUCGACCCUGGAGUCCCGCAUCUUAUUGAGAUUUCAUAUUCACAUACAGCAGAACUACUCACAGCUGUAGUGGAUGGCAAGUCCUCAAGCCUUCCCAUAGAUUUGGCAGAGGUUAUAGGAGAAAACCGUUUGGAACUAGUUUUAGGAACUGUUGAGAAUGGUUCCUCUAGUUUUACCGGAUGUAUCAGUGAACUGAAGAUAUCUAAGAAUAUGAGCAGUGGAUCUAUGUCUGCUCUGUUAAACCUGGUUACUGGAAACCAUGCCGUAGAUUGUUCAGACACCUGUAAUAUCACAUCAUCACAAACGUCAACUAUCGGAGGAGGAUUGUUUGGAUAGAAUUUUGAAGGAUUUUGAGAAAAUUUGGAAAAUUUUGUAAUAGAAACUGUCAAAUUUUAAGAGUUCACAAAAUAGAAAUGAUCAAAUUGCCCAUUUCUAUAAAACAGGUUAAUUGCAAAAAUGUUGGGUUGGAAUUUUAUAUUUUUUAAAGUAUGUCUAUUUGUCAAUAAACUUUUGCAAAAUAAAGUUUAAUUCUUGUUA